AGCAGCUCGACGCGUCCCCUUCCGGGUCCGAGGUGCCGACUGCGCGAGAGAGAGAGAGAGAGAAGGGGAGGAAGAACCCGCAUGGACUCGACUUUCCUCACGUCUGUUUAGAAACCGGAGCAGCGGAGGGGCGCGUAGUAAGGGCGUGCGGUCAAACACCCUACGGUGGGCGAAGACGUAGCAGCAGGAAUGUCUGAAAGUAGUGUUGAAGGAGAUGCAGUAAAGGUUGAUGCAGAUGAAUCUCGGAAGCAUAAUGACGAUGCCUCUAAGGUUGAAAUGGCCCAAGAAUCCGUGAGAAGCUCAGCUGCAGAAAUUCCAGUGACGAGUAAUGGGGAGACUGACAACUUUGGUGAAGACCAUUUAUCUCUGGACCUGAACCGCCAUGUGCCUGGAGGAUUGAAUCUGUCUGAGACACACAUCACCUCUAGUAAUUAUGGUGCAACAACAGAGGGAAUAAUAGAAGCUGAGCCAUAUAAAGGCUCUUCAAGCCAGCCUUCAUCACCUGUUGUCUCUCCUAGCAGUGUGGCAGCCAGCAGGUUAGCCGGAGCAGGAAAUGAUUUUUUUGGUCCAAGAGGUAUGGUAAAAUUAGAUUCUCAAAGUGGGGCAGUGGUUGUUGCUGAUGAGUUGAAGAAUCCUGCCAUUGAGAAACUGGAGCUGGUACGAAAGUGGAGUAUUAACACUUACAAAUGUACAAGACAAAUUCUCUCAGAAAAACUGGGACGUGGUUCAAGAACAGUGGACUUGGAACUUGAAGCACAAAUAGAUAUUUUGAGAGAUAACAAAAGGAAGUAUGAACAUGUGGUGAAACUUGCACAAACCCUCUCUAACCAGCUCUACCAGAUGGUACAAACACAGAGACAGCUAGGUGAUGCUUUUGCUGACCUCAGUUUAAAAUCUCUAGAACUACACGAAGAGUUUGGCUAUAAUGCAGAAACACAAAAACUUCUCUCUAAAAAUGGAGAAACACUUUUGGGAGCUAUAAACUUUUUCAUUGCUAGUGUGAAAACUUUGGUAGACAAGACUAUUGAAGAUACAAUGGUCAAUAUUAAACAAUAUGAAGCUGCCAGAGUGGAAUAUGAUGCCUACCGGACAGAUUUAGAAGAGCUCAAUCUUGGACCUCGGGAUGCCACCACUCUCCCAAAGAUUGAACAAUCACAGCAGAUCUUCCAGGUGCACAGAGAAAAAUAUGAAAAAAUGCGAAAUGAUGUUUCUAUAAAGCUCAAAUUUUUGGAAGAAAAUAAGGUUAAAGUGCUGCACAAUCAGCUAAUUCUCUUCCAUAAUGCUAUAGCAGCAUAUUUUGCUGGCAAUCAGCAGCAGCUUGAACAGACACUCAAACAAUUCCAUAUCAAGUUGAAAACUCCUGGAGCAGAUGCUCCAUCUUGGUUAGAAGAACAGUGAUGCUGGGCACCUGCAUUUGGGAUAUCAGGGGUAGCAUUAACCACAUACAGUUUAUGUUGGGGUUUCCAAACCCCCCCUCCUUUUCAUUUGUAGGAUCACUCUCAUACAUAGUUUAAAAUGAGGACUUUUGGGAAAUUGGAAAUUGGCUUCUACACCCAGUACUCACACUGUAUUUUCUAUCUGGGUUAGUUUUUUUUUUUUUUUUUAAUUUGGUUUUUCCUAAAAUCAUGUCUUGGACUUAUUUUUAUAAUUCCAGACAAGUACGUAGCAAAAGGUAAUUUUGGAGCAAUACAAGUAGUUUUCUGUAAAUGGUUGCUGUAAUCAUGCACAUAUUAUCCAUACUGUUCUCUGCAUCAUAUCAUGUGCUACCCACCUCAAAACAAUUGUGUGUGUACCUUUUAAAGUCUUUUAACUAAUGAGGCUUUCAUCUGCACUUUCAUAUAAAUUUAACAAAAAAUGUAUUUUUGUGGGAUUUGUUAUUUUUGCAAGUACCAAAUUAAACUCAUUUCUUAGAAGAGUGUAUCUUGUAAGUAAUGACCAGCCUUAACAAAAGAAUCUGUGCCUUUCAUUUUAUUGUAUGUUUUUUUUGAACACACAUUUGUAAAUUUGUAUAAAUCUUUCAUUUCCAUAUAUUAAAAAAUUCCACAAAAAUGUGUACUUCCAGGUUGUAGACUGUAGGACCAGAUACUGAACUUCUUUGGUGGUUUGUGGACCAAGAAACCAGCAUUUAAUAUUAAGACCCAGUGUAUAGCUGUAAUUUUUCCCCUUCCUCAUGCAGGAAGUUCCAGCCUUUCAUAUUUGAAUUUGUAGUUCUAGAUUAAUUGGGGGAAAUUUUAUGGUAUACUUUACCAAAAAAAAAAAAAAAACAUUUUUUGUAUUAAAAAAUGGAAAGAUGUUUAUACCAAUGCUAUGAUGUUUGAGUAACUCAAAAUAUAUUACUGGGAGAUGUUAUUAGUAAAGUUACCUUGAUGUCCAUGUGAAAAGCAUACUAAAUAAAAGCUACAUAUAGAUUUUGCAAGUGAGAUAUUUUUCGCUAACCUAAAAUAUAUUAAAGGGUUUACUUUUCUUAAUCUAUAUUAAUCAAAAUGACUGAUUAUUUGACACUCCAUUGUUUGAGUAGCGUGCCUGUGUAAGGAUGAAAUGUAUAAAUUAAAGGUGUUAACAUAAAAAACUGUGAAAUGUGUGUUAAUAUCUUUAACUGCUUUUGUAUAUCAUGUGGAAACCAAAUGCUCAUUACAUGUUGUGUAAUGUAGACUGGCGUCCAAGUAGUACUUUCCAAUACUCCCUUUCUGUUAUGAAGCCGUAACACUAAACUGGCAAUAUAACUUUAAAAUGUUGUAUGAGCUUUAAGUUCACAUUGCUUUGUACAUAAGAUGUAUUGACAUAACAGAAAUUAACCCUUUUAUCUCUAUGUAAUAUAAUAGGAACCAUGAAAAACGUCCCUAGGUUUGCUGCAGUGUCUUCAGUUUUUUUUGUAUUGGUUUGGUAUAAUGCAAUAAAAACAGAUAUGCUAGUUUUCAUUAUA